UUGUAGUAAAAAUAAAAAUAAAAACAAUAAUUAAAAUUCAAAAAUUAUUCAAAUUAAGAAUAUUUGGUUAUAAUAUUUGAAACUUAUUUCAAAAAUGACAACUUCAAAAGAAUUAAAUUUAGCUAGAAAAAGUCUUGUAGCCUCGCUUGGUGAAAAUGCAAAAAUAUACUUUGAAAAGAUGAAGCUUUGGUUUCAAAUGAAGACAACGAAAGAAGAAUUUGAUUGUGAAGCACGAAAUAUUAUGACAGAAGAUCAAGUUCAUCUUCAUAAUGAAUUUCUUCUUUGUUUAUUUAAUAAAGUUAGAGGUUUAGCUGCUGCAACACCUACACGUAAAUUAGAUCGAGAUAAAGCUAUAAAAGAAAAGAGAUUAAGAUUAAAACGUAAAUACAAAACUGAUAAAUCAAACUUUGAGCCUGCAGAUAUGUAUGUUGAAGUUUUAAGUCAAACAUCAUCACCUGUUGGAGAUGAGCCUAUUGGAGCCAAUCGUUCUAGUGCUCAAGAACUUGUUUUGCCAGAUAGAACUUUUGUUUUAGCAAGAUUAAUGUUAGCAGCAUGGGAAAAUAAUAUGGAUGGAGCAGAAGAAAAUACUGCACAUAUAGUUAUUGCAGCUACACAGAUUUUUUUAAAAAAUAUACUUACAGCAAUAUUUACAAGAAGAAAAGGAUAUGCUAUUAGAGAUGGUUCAUUUAUUUAUAAUAUUGGAGAACCAGUACCUAGUUCAUGGAAAAGAAAUUCUACUCAUAUAUUAAAAUCAUCAGAGUAUACUGCAACAGAAAUAAUAGAUCCUUAUGGUCAAGUCCCUAUGAUAAAACAUAUUGAAGAAGCAGAACAAGCUACAGCUUUUGCUUAUGCAUGUUCUCCACAAAUUAUUCCACCUUCAUUAAAACCUGUUAAUACAGCUGAUUUACAAUAUACACUAAAGAUUUAUAAAAAUCUUGUUAGCAAUCAUACUAUAUAUGCAACUAAUAUGGAACGUUUAUUUACAUAUUCUACACAUCCAACAUGGGAAGAUCUUGAAGCUAAGAAAUUAUCAUGUCAUCAAUAUAUAAUAUAAAUAACUUGUUCUUAUAUAAAUAGAUUACACUUUAAAAUAAUUAUUUAAAAUAUAUAUAAACUAAAGAUUUAGAUUUAUAUUUUGUAAUAAAAUAUACUUUGUUAAUAAAAUAAAUUGUAAA